AUGUCAUCAUACGCAUUCCUUGUGCAAACUUGCUGGGAGGAGCACAAGAAGCAGCACCCAGAUGCUUCAGUCAAUUUCUCAGAGUUUUCUAAGACAUGCUCAGAGAGGUGGAAGACUAUGUGUGCUAAAGAGACAGGAAAAUUUGAAGGUAUGGCAAAGGUGGACACGGCCCACUAUGAAAGAGAAAUGAAAAGCUAUAUCCCUCCUAAAGGGGAAACAAAAAAGAAGUUCAAGGAUCACAGUGCACCUAAGAGGCCUCCUUCAGCCUUUUUCUUGUUCUAUUCUGAAUAUCACCCCCGAAGCAAAGGAGAACAUCCCAGCCUAUCCGUUGGUGGUGUUGCAAAGGAACUGGGAGAGAUGUGGACUGGCCCUGCUGCAGGUGACAAGUAG